ACGUGCCAUGCUCUCCCUAGCUAUGGUAUACGCCCCGCGCUAUAUAUUCUACACUUAACGACAGCGAAUGGGUUGUGCGUCGCUCAGUCUCGACGUUUGGGCAGCUCGCGGUCGCGAUGGUGACUAAGGCUUUGACCCUCGUCCUCGCUGCUGCAUCUCUGAGAGCUGUUGCUUGCUUGCCUAAUGGCUUGAAAUCCGCUUACACUGCCCCUGGAGCAUUCCCGACAUCGUUGUAUGCGUCAUACUACAAUGAUCCCACUGCUACUACAGCUGAGCCCCAGCCAGUCGUCUCGGAUCCGGUCACACAUGGAGUAUAUCCAUACUGGUUGACGGACGCGGAGGAGAUUCCGCAGAACAACACUGAAGAGAUCCACCCUCUGCCUCCUCCAGCGACCUCCUCCGUUUUCCUCGAGACGGCGGUCGCACAGAUUGUCUCGAUCGCAAACAACCCUGUCUUCGCCGAUGAUACCUGUGCAGCCUGCCAGGCCUCCUUGGUGGUCGCGAAGUUCCUGGCGAUGGCAGCGCCUGAGCAAGCCCCGAACCUCGCCGUGCGUCUCUGCGAGUACUUCAAUUACAGCACGACACUCGACUGCGAGACGACGUACGGGAUAUAUACACUGGGCUCGGUUAUGACGCAGACGAUCGCGGCAGCGGACGUCGGCGGCUAUGAUGGACAGGCGAUCUGCAGCGUCUUCCUCAGUCUGUGUCCGAGGCCGCCCACAAGCCCGCUUGACUUGGACAGCUGGUUCGCGAAGCCGAAGCCGAACCCCCUUCCGCCGCCUAAGCAACCCACGGGAGAGCGCCUGCAGAUCCUGCAUUUGUCUGACUUGCACAUUGACCCCCGUUAUGCUAUCGGGGCGGAGGCGAACUGCUCUCAGUACCUGUGCUGCCGCGUGAACAGCUACAACGAGAAUAGUCUCAACCAUACCGUGCAGCCUGCGCCUCGUUUUGGUGCCUUCAACUGCGACUCUCCUUACCCUCUGAUUGUGGCGGCGUUGCAAGCGGUGCCAGCACUGACGGGCACGGAAGAGACAGGCUUCGACUUCACGAUCUACACCGGUGAUUUAAUCCCCCAUGACCCCGCCAACGAGCUUUCGAGGGCUUACACGGUCUACUCUGAGUCCGUCUUGUACGAUCUUAUCAAGCGCCUCGUGAACACCGGGCCUAUGUACGCCGUGAUGGGGAAUCAUGACACCUAUAACAUGGCGAUGAACUCACCCUACAACAUCGGAAACGGUCUGAGAGACCAAUUCAACUGGGACUACGACCAUCUCGCUGCGCUGUGGGAGCUCGAAGGCUGGAUUGACGCGAAUACAGCGCAGCAGGCACGCACGCAUUAUUCCGCGUACUCUGUACAGCGCCAGGACGGACUGAGGAUCAUUACGAUCAAUACGGACUUCUGGUACACGCAAAACUAUUUCAACUACAUCAGCCUAGCUUCCUCGGACAACUCGGGAAUGCUGAGGUUCUUGACCGACGAGCUGCAAGAUGCAGAAGACGCGGGUGACAGAGUGUGGAUUCUGGGACAUGUCCUGAGUGGUUGGGACGGAACGGAACCUCUGGAGAAUCCGUCGAACCUAUUCUAUCAAAUCGUCGAUCGUUAUUCGCCACAUGUCAUCGCAGCGAUUUUCUUCGGGCAUACACAUGAGGAUCAACUGACUAUUUUCUAUACAAACAACGCCACAAACAUCAGCGCCGAGAAUGCGCAGACUGUAGCAUGGAUUACUCCCUCUGUCACGCCUCUGACGAACCUCAACUCGGGGUUCCGUGUCUACGAGGUGGAUUCUGGGACGUUCGAUAUUCUUGACGCCUACACAUGGCAAACGGACGUCAACGCCUUCGGAGGACUGGAUGGACAAACCGAAUACGGCCCGACGUUCGAACUCGAGUACAGCACUCGUGAGGCAUACGGCGGCAGCAUCGCCGGAUGGGGACCGGACGACCCGCUCAAUGCAACUUGGUGGCAUCUCGUCACGGAAGCUAUGGAGACGAACUCCUCGCUCGUUCAGUUGUACAACCUGUACCAGAGCAAGAGCUCCGUCAUGACACCCGAGUGCACGGGAGAGUGCCUCAGCGCCAAGAUCUGCUACUUGCGCAGCGGGAGUGCCAGUCUGGCAUUCGCCAACUGUCCGGCUGGGUAUGGCAGCACGCAAGGUGGUGCAUAUCCCUAGUUGAAUGGCGGUUUACACUGUGUCCUGAUAGUAGAGUUCCAUUCCUGACAACGUAUGUGUCGCACGAGUCAGUGAAAGACGGGGCGAACACGAACUCACGCGACUGUCAAUCAAUCUAACGGACACUGC